AAGACAUCGCUGAUGAUGCUGCUGAUGUCUAACUGUGCCGGUAAACGCACGCCUGAGAUGUACAGUGAGGGCGGGGUUACGCGUCAAAGAUUAUUUAUCUUGAUAAAUCUUGCAAAAUGUUCUCCUCAAGCAGCUGGGGAAUGAAUUGUAUGCUACUUAGGCUGCUCGAUGUACUGAGGAUGAAGAUGCAACCAUAUUUCUCCGAAUGUUACGUUCUCUCUUUGGGAAGCCAAUCGAUUUUUACAGUAUUUGUUAGGCUAUUUAUUUGUUAUUGACCCAUUUUGUUAAUUAUAAUCCCUGCAUUUUGUCGACAUUAUACAUCAUUAUGUCGGAUACUGCGGAUACCGAAGAAAAUCAGGAUAUGUUACCGAGUUUGGUCGAGCAGAUAGUCCAGCGAAUAACAGCCGGAGAGGUCCCUAUCAAGAAUAUUGAGCGCGAACUAAUUUGUCCGAUCUGCAAGGAGCUGUUUACACACCCCCUCAUCUUGCCCUGUCAGCACAGCGUUUGUCACAAGUGUGUCCGAGAGCUGCUGCUAUUGAACCAUGAGGAUUCUUUCGAUGCAGGCUCGGAGUGUUCCCUCCCUGGGAGCCCAGGGCCCCGAUCCAGAGUGCCCUCGCCAAGCAUGGAGAGGCUGGAUAGGCUUGCAAGAUCAGGCUCUAUGUCAUCACCAGGAUGGAGGCGUGGCUCUGUGACCCCCCGCAUCACCACUUUCCCAUGCCCUGGUUGCCAACACGACGUGGACCUGGGCGAGCGGGGCAUGAGCAUGCUCUUCCGGAACUUCACCCUGGAGAGCAUCGUGGAGCGCUACCGGCAGGCGGCCCGCGCUGCUGUCGCGAUCAUGUGCAACAUGUGCAAGCCGCCCCAGCAGGAGGCUACCAAGAGCUGCAUGGAUUGCAAGGCCAGCUACUGCAAUGAGUGCUUCAAGUUCCACCACCCCUGGGGCACCCCCAAAGCCCAGCACGAAUACGUGGGUCCCACCAUGAACUUUAGGCCCAAGGUGCUGAUGUGUCCGGAGCAUGAGAUGGAGAAGGUCAACAUGUACUGUGAGGUGUGCCGGCGUCCAGUCUGUCACCUGUGCAAGCUGGGAGGCUCCCACGCCAACCACAAAGUCACAACCAUGAGCAGCGCCUACAAGAUCCUCAAGGAGAAGCUAUCAAAGGCUAUCCAUUACUUAAUCAGCAAAGAGGACCAAGUGAAGACUCAGAUUUCCCACCUGGAGGUGUUGAUCAAUGAAACUGAGGAGAAAGGCCAGUUGGUGGAGCGUCGGACCGACGAGAACUUUGAGCGACUGUUCGAGACCCUCCAGGAGAGGAAGUUUGAGAUGCUGCGGUCCAUCGAGCAGUCGAGGAUGCGGCGUCUGGACCAGCUUCGGGGCCAGGUGGACGAGUACCAGGGCAUGUUGGAGAACAGCGGCCUGGUGGGUUAUGCCCAGGAGGUUCUCAAGGAGACGGACCAGUCCUGCUUUGUUCAGACUGCCAAGCAGCUGCACACCAGGAUCGCGAAAUCCACCGAGUCUCUGAGGACAUUCCACCCUGUGGCCGACCCCUCCUUUGAUGAGUUUGUGCUGGACACUUCCAGAGAGGAGACCCUGCUGAAGGAGCUUUGUUUUGGUGGAGUCCCUGACCCUCCCAUCAUCGAUCUGUCCCGCAGUCGCGUCUACAACGAAGGCCUGGUGUGCUGGCAGUUGGCUGAGGAUACCCUGGCCACAGACCACCAGGUGCUUGAGUACAGGAAGCUGGGUGUUGAGCAGGACGAGGAGGAGGGCGGCAGCCGCUGGCGUCCCACAGUCCCGGUGUACGGCCCCAGCACAGUGGUGUGCGACCUGGAGGCCAACAGCCUCUACUCGUUCAGAGUACGCAGCUGCCGCAACUCCUUCUACAGCCCCUACAGCCCAGAAGUCACCUUCCACACACCACCUGCUCCAGUGUUUGGCUUCCUGUUCAAUGACAAGUGCGGCUUCAGCUCGGAGCGGCUGACGUUGAGUAAGCUGCGUGACUCGGUGGAGAGUGCGGCCGGCAUGGCCUUCCUGCUGGCUGCUGAGCGCGUGCAGACAGGCAGCUACAUGGGCCUGGACUACAUCAUCGGUGACACCGGCAUCUCUCAGGGCAGACACUACUGGGCCUUCCGCGUGGAGUCCCACUCCUACUUAGUCAAGGUGGGCGUGGCCUCUGAUUCCAAGCUGCUGGAGUGGAUCCACAACCCCCGGGACACUAGUAGCCCCAGGUACGACCACGACAGUGGGCACGACAGUGGCAGCGAGGACACGUGCUACGACCUGUCCCAGCCCUUCACCCUGCUCACCGUGGGCAUGGGCAAAGUGUUCAUCCCCAAAGCAUCUAUCUCCUCCGCCACCGCCGGCAAUGACCAUGGCAACCGGGUGCUGCCCAUGCCCCAGCGCAUUGGCGUGUACCUGGACUACGAGGCGGGCCGUGUCUACUUCUACGAUGCAAACACCAUGAGAUGCCUUUACGAGCGGCAGGUGGACUGCACCGGUACCAUGUAUCCCGCGUUUGGCCUCAUGGGUAGUGGCAAGGUCCAUCUAGAGGAGUUCAUCGCAGCAAAGCGACUGUCGUAUAUGUGAGAUGUUGGGCCUUCCACACACACAAGUCUCUCUCGCACUCUCAACACUUGCCUUUGAGCUCAUGUUUCUCUCUCUCUGCUUUCAGUCAGGUAUAUUUUUGGAGUGAUUUUGUUUGUGUGUGUAUGUACACACUUUCAGUUGAUUAUCAUCAUGCCAUUUCUUUGUUUUAAUGAACAGCUAUUUAUAUUGUACAACUAAGUCCAGUAAAAUGUAGCCAAGUGAAACCCGAAGAGCCUUGCAGCUAGUCCCACUCCUGUGCCUUUCAUGAUAAAUGGGUAAUCUAGUAAAUGCUGUAAUUUGUCUAAUAAUAACUGUGCAAAACAGGCUAGGUUGGUCAUCAGUUACAAAGGUGAGAAGAGUGUAUCUAAGUUGCAAGGACCCCUCGGUUGAGAAACAUCCCUACCAAAAACUGAGACAAAACGUAUACCUAAUCAAUGUCCUUUGACAAGACUCACGGUCAACACCAGUUGGGUAGACCGCAUUUUUGAAUUUGGACACAUUCUCACAGGUGUUUAUUUAAAAGACUACCACACUUUUCACAUAUUCGCUCACAACCUACUGACUACUACAAAGCAGAGCACAUUUAUCUGAAAUGUAAACACUAGGCAUUCACAUGCAGGGUUGAAUUCAAACUUGAGUUCUGCGUGUGCAACUCAGACUUCCCAUGUAAAUCAUGGUGUCAACUUUUGGAAUUGUGAGUUGACACAGGCCGAUCUCAAGUUAAAAUUACAGCCAGUUGUUACACAAGUUGUUGAUUUGGUUCUUGAGAAUCAAGAGGGUGCAGCGUUUCAGAACAUUUAGAUAGAAAAUAUAUUAUGCAAAUCGACCAAAUUCUCUGUCCUCUAGAAAAGGGUGUCAUUUUGACUCUACAUUACUUUUAUCUCGUUUCACCGUACUGAAUACACCCCUGGUCAGCUCUGGCUUUCCUACAUGGGUUUCUGGACAGGACUAUCUGUAGAUCCAGUCAUGUUUGUGUUUUGUUGAGGGUAAGGGUAAUCGGUUUGUGUUUUCUCAGGUUUGUGGCCUGUGGGCCUUAUGCUACCUACCUCCUAUCGGCCCUGGAAAUCCCUUUAAAACUAUACCUUCCUACUCGGAACAGGACUAAACUUUCCUUUGCAGCUUCCAUAAAUCCAUUACAAUUUUAUUAUACCGUAAUAUAUCAGCCUUUAAGAUUGUUCAUAUCCAAUAAUAAACUGGAAUUAACAUUUUUUUUCCUUAAUUUUAACAUCCAUGUACAUAUCUAGUGUGACAUUUUCUGUCAAAUAAAACCUAGAUCUGCAAUCUGUAUCUGCUGUGACGUUUCUCAAGGCUUAAUAGAAACUUGAGACAUUUGGGCAGUUGGUGGAAAAUUGUAAUUGGACCGAGAUGUAAUCACGCCUGACUGAAUUUGUGAAGUGAGCAAUUUAAAACUGAACAUACACAUCCCCCUUUCUGUGUUUUGAUGUGUUUAGGUCCAUUUGAGUGUAGCGUUUCCUAGAAUAUGUGGUGUUAUUUUGUUGCGUAUCUGAAUCCUAUAAGGUCAUGUUGCGUAACAACAUAAUCUGUAGUUUUAAACUGAAUUCCUAUUUACUUUAGAAUUGGUGUGCAUCAUUUAGAGUAAUUCUCUACCAUUCCUUUUAGGGCACAACACCUCUACCUGUUCCUUUUGGAAUGACUGAAACACCUUUAAAAAGUCUAUGCACUUAAUUAACAGGUUCAGGGUUGUUUAUUCAUCACAGAAUGCAUUAUUAUAUACAGAACAAACUGAAUGUCUCUUAGAUUAGGUGUUUGUUAAUUUGCUCAUCUUGAGUCAAGUCACUGGUGGCCACAGCAGCUGUGUCUUUCAGGGUCGAUGUAUGGUAGAGGUUUACUAUAUAGUGUGCAUAUUUUAGCAACCAUAUCACGGCUAAUUUUAGAAAAGGGAAUCGUAUGGCUUUCAGUAGUACGUUAGACCAAAUAUUCUGCAGACUCUCAAUCAAAUGGUUCAAGCUAGCACUUUAAACUGUCGCAUGUAUGCCUCUCGGCUGUGCAGGUCUGUAUGAAUUGGUGUGCAAUAUUACGUAGAAUGCAGGAAAUAGGCCUAUUGUUUUCUCCUGUAAGUAAUGGGAUGUGAUGUUUGCUUUCUGUGAGUAUAAUGCUUUAAUGAACAUGAAGCUUUGUUGGUCAUCAAAUUCUUGAAAUACUACGCUUUUUUUUUAUUUUAAAUUUGCUGUUUGUGGAUUUGUAUGAAAUAAACUAGUGUGUUUUAAAACAA